AUGAAAAGCCCGCUCCAUGACAAGCCAUCCCCUGGCAUUUCAACAACCGGUUCGACUAGCACCGAAGCCAAGUAUGGUCAUGAGAUUGAGGUUGGGAAUUCCUCACCCACAAGCGGAGAUUUCUUGAUAAAGAACGGUCCUGCCUUCGUGUUUGGAGUCAAUCUAGACCUCGUCAGCCAGGUUCUGGCAGAGGGAGUAGGGACUUUCAUAUUGAUGUUUUGUAUAUGUGGGAUAGUUGCAAGCACAGUCGCGACUAGAGGUAAAGUCGGGCUAUUGGAAUAUGCCGCGACAGCUGGCUUGACCGUCAUAGUCAUUGUCUUCUCCAUCGGGUUCAUCUCGGGGGCUCAUGUUAACCCUGCCAUAACCCUUGGUUUUGCAGCAUUAGGUCAUUUCCCAUGGUCCAAGGUUCCUUUCUAUCUCGUGGCACAAAUCAUGGGUGCUACAUCGGCCGCGUUUAUUGGCCCACUAGUCUAUGGUAUAAAACCCGAUCUCAUGUCGACUAGACCAGCUCAAACGGGUGUAACUGCGGCUGAUGCUAUUGCCACCGCCUUUUGGGUUGAACUCAUAGCCACCGCGAUCGUUAUGUUCCUAGCCACCUCAAUAGCUUAUCAAUCCGAAUUCUCCCGGAUUGGGCACUUAUCCGGAUUUAUAGUUGGGAUAGCAAUUGGGCUUUCUGUUAUGAUUACAGGGCCAAUGUCAGGAGGAUCCUUGAAUCCGGCUAGGUCAUUAGGUCCAGCAAUUGUUUCGUGGAACUUCGACGACGUGUGGAUAUACAUAAUUGCUCCUACAGUUGGAGCCGUAGCUGGGGCUUUUACAUUUCGCCUACUUCGUCUUCGGUGUCUACCUUGCUUUGUCUCCAAAAUCGACACGAGCCAACCUGAGCGAGUUAAUUCUUAA